AUGCGUUCUGUGGUUGAAAUCGGGGCAAGUGUCCCAGCUUUCCUUGGAAAAUUAUGGAAAUUGGUGAAUGAUACAGAGACUAAUCAUCUGAUUUCUUGGAGCCCUGGAGGCAAAACAUUUGUAAUCAAAAAUCAGGCAGAUUUUGCAAGGGAACUUCUGCCUUUAUAUUAUAAACAUAACAAUAUGGCAAGUUUUAUUCGGCAAUUGAAUAUGUAUGGCUUUCAUAAAAUCACCUCUGUUGAAAAUGGUGGUCUCCGCUAUGAGAAGGAUGAAAUUGAAUUUUCUCAUCCUUGUUUUAUGAAAGGUCAUGCUUAUUUAUUGGAACAUAUUAAAAGAAAGAUAGCAAAUCCUAAGUCUAUCGUUGCCAGUAAUGAAAGUGGAGAAAAAGUUCUUUUAAAACCUGAGCUUAUGAAUAAAAUGUUGACUGAUGUGAAGCAAAUGAAAGGCAAACAAGAAAGUCUUGAUGCCAAAUUUAGUGCCAUGAAACAGGAAAAUGAAGCUCUCUGGAGGGAAGUGGCGAUUCUCCGUCAGAAACAUAUGAAACAACAGAAUAUAGUGAAUAAUCUCAUUCAAUUCUUGAUGUCAGUGGUGACGCAACCACCUAGGCCUUCAGGUACUGUUAGUACUACUGCUGGAGUAAAGAGGCCAUUCCAGUUAAUGAUAAACAGUGAAGCACAUAACACUAAUGGAGAAAGUGGUUAUCCUGGCAGGAUAAAGAAUAUGAAGCUAGACAAAGAUGCUUUACUUGAUGAUUCAAAUGAGGAUAAUCAGGAAGACGGCCCCACCAUCCAUGAGUUGGCACAAGAUGAUAUCCUGCACAAUGAUGGCACUCAGGACUCCAUACCAAGUGGUGAUUUUACUAUUGAAGUACCUAUAAUUGCUAACAUGACAUCAAAUCAAAGUCCUGCUGAACCUUCUACUUCUACAUAUCAUGUUACCAUGGAAGAUGGGGAUGAUGCCGAAACAGGGGUCCAGGGAGUAUUGUAUCCUGUUAGUCGCCGCUAUGGCACUCGGAGAUCAAGUGACAGCAUGCCUAUUAUUACAUCAGCAUCACCUACACCAACAACUCCUACAGGAACAAUAGAGCAACCAGUAAUUGAACAAGUAUUUCCAAAGACAGUAAACAAAUCAAAAGGUCACAGUAACAAAAAUGUAACACCAUCCGGGAGAAGUUUUCUUCAACAGAACACAUAUAAUGUACUAAACCCUACAGCAGACUUAAAACUACCAGCUGAAAUAUUUGCUAGCGAUGAUUCCAUAAGUGAUGUUGGUGUUGCUGGUGCAGAAGACAUCAACAUGCAAAACACAUUACAGGAUCUUGUUCAGGAAUCACUCCUAUCUAACUUACAGGACAAAAUGCUUAGUGCAGCCAAUAUAAAAUUGGAAAAAACAGAUUCUGAUAAAUGUAACAAGAAAUAUAAAAAAGGCCAGAAAAAUACUGAAGCCCAUUUGAACUUGGCUGAUAUUAAAACAGAACUUCAAGAUGAUUUUGAUUGGAACAACAUGACUCUUGCAACUGUAAACAAUAAUACUAAUGUUAACAGAUUUCAGACGAGGAAUAGGAGAGAUAACAUCUGCAAAAAUCGAGAGGAUUAUUCUCCCCUCUAUGGAACAAAUCCUAACAAGAAUGACAUAGAUGAUCAUUUGGAUGCUAUGCAAACGGACCUUGAAUCACUGAGAGAGCUGCUUCGAAAUGAUCCAUAUGCAUUUGAUACAAACACAUUGCUUGGGACUGCUGAUUCAAGACUAAUACCUUCGAUGUCUCUCGCUAUUCCUACCUGUCAACAUACAACAAAUAAUUAUUUGUUUGGGUCUGACGAUCCAUUCUAUGGACUACCGUAUAAUACAAUGGACGAGAAGACGAAAACAUCCAAUAAUGUUGAAGGAAAUCAGCUAAUCUCGUAUACAGGGAAUAUUCCAGACUUUGAGGAUAUAAGCAUACCAGAUUUGGAGUGCGAUAAUUCUCAGGAGGCGUGCCAAUCCCCAUCACCGAGCAGCUCCGUGCUUAACACACCCCAAGUGCAGAUCCGAUCGCCCUCCUUCACGAUAAAACCAUGA